UACAACUUUGCACAAGGCCGUGAGGAAGCAACAUGUAGAGAUGUGGUUAGGGUCUUGGUGAAAGAAGAUCCUGAGUGUGAAUUUCCAGCAAACAAAGCUGGGGAGACACCACUUUAUCUUGCUGCGGAGUCUGGUUUUUAUGAUGCUUUGGUUGAAAUCUUGGAAUCCUGCAAGACACCAACUUAUGCUGGUCCAUGUCAUCGAACAGCUUUGCAUGCAGCAAUAAUUCAUAGACGAGAAGAGUGCGCGAAAUUACUAUGGCAAUGGAAUAGAUCAUUAUGCGAGGAAGCUGACAAAUGGGGUUGGAAUUCACUUCACUAUGCUGUUAAACAAGGACUGAAAGAAAUAGUUUCUGAUAUGCUAAGUUGGAAGACAUCCUUAGGCUACUGUCCAGCCGGCAGUGAGGAUGACUGGACGACCAUAUUUCACAUUGCAGCCCAUGAAUUAGGUUGUGUACUCAUGAUGAAAGAGAUAAUAAAGCACUGCCCAGAUUGUUGGGAAAUGCUUAACAGCAGCGGCAGAAAUGCUCUUCAUGUUGCCAUAUUGAACAAUAAUAAAAGGGUAGUUAAAUUCCUUUUGAAUUCUCCAGGCUAUAGUAAUCUAAUUGAUGCCACUGAUGAGGAUGGCAAUACUCCUCUCCAUUUGCUUGCUGCUUCUGGAUACUAUAUACGAGAAUUAAUAAACCAUCCCAGAGCAAAGAAGAUGGAAUUUAACAAAGAAAACCAGACUCCAUUGGAUUUAGCUGUGUCUUCGGCUAUCACAGGUUGGCCAGAAAAUAAGGGCUCACUGCUGAAGAAUUUGUUAAGAUUUGGUCAAUUCGGAGGACGUGACUUUGAGAUAAAACGGGAGGAAAAGCGAAUGCCAACGACAGAAAAUGAAACGGAGACGAGGUGGGAGAAUUAUAAAGGAAGGAUCGAUAAUUAUAUGAAGGUAGCUCAGACUCAUCUAGUUGUGGCCACACUAAUAGCUGCAGUCACCUUCACAGCUGGUUUGACAUUGCCGGGAGGCUUCGAUAACAAUCUAGGUCCCAAUCAAGGGAUGGCACUUCUAAUAAGAAAAGUGGUUUUCAAAGCAUUCGUUGUUACAAAUGCCAUUUCCUUUGUAUGCUCUUCUGGUGCUGUAUUCAGCUACAUCGCCAUGGCAGCAAUCGAUGCAUUUGCCAAGAAUCUCGCUGCUAUCACGUUGUUAUACCGACUCUCAACUUUUUGGCUGUUUAUUGCUUUGGCAGCAGUUAUGCUUGCAUUUGUAGCUGGUACAUAUGCUACUUUGGCACAUUCCACUACUACUCUUGCCAUUGUAGUCUCUGCCCUCAGCAGCAUCUACUUUUUUAUGCUGUUUGUGUACAUGUCAGCCAUGAAAUACGGCCUCUAGGUUGAUUUGCCAAAGCAUAUUCAAUCAAUUGUAGCUUUAAUUUCUUUGUUGA